CCCUUGUCUUGUGUGGCCCAGUUCGAUGUGAACUUCCCAUUUCUUCCUCUCCUCAUCUCGUUGUCUCCGCUUCUAAUCUCUACCCUUCUCGCUCCAUGGCGUCCAUCUCCGGCGUUUGCUCCUCCUACUCCUCCUCCGCCCUCCGCCAUCGCCGCCCCCUCCUUCCCCCGAAACCCAUCCCUAGUUCCCGGCAUGCCGCCGCCAUCCCGAUCUUCCCCUCGGGUCGCCUCCCGCACCUCCGUCCGCCCUGUUCCAUCGCCGACCUUCCGCGGUCCCCCUCGACCACUUCCUCCGCCUCCCUGCCGCCGGAGAAGAAGACGCUGGGCAUCGAGAAGGAUCCCAUCAAGCUGUGGCGCCGAUAUGUGGACUGGCUGUACCAGCACAAGGAGCUAGGUCUCUUCCUCGAUGUCAGCCGGAUAGCCUUUACCGACGAAUUUCUCGCUGAGAUGGAGCCGAGGCUCCAGAAGGCGUUCCACGCGAUGCAGGAACUCGAGAAGGGCGCGAUCGCGAACCCCGACGAGGGACGAAUGGUCGGACAUUACUGGUUGAGGGAUCCCAAGCUGGCUCCCAACUCGUUCUUGAGGUUACAAAUCGAGAAUACGCUCGAUGCCAUCUGCAAGUUUGCCGACGAUAUCAUCAGUGCUAAGAUUAAACCUCCAUCAUCUCCCGCUGGUCGCUUUACCCAGAUUCUUUCUGUUGGAAUUGGAGGUUCAUCUCUGGGACCUCAGUUUGUUGCCGAAGCAUUAGCUCCUGAUAAUCCUCCUCUGAAGAUAAGAUUUAUUGACAAUACAGAUCCAGCUGGAAUUGAUCAUCAAAUAGCACAGCUUGGUCCUGAGCUUGCAUCAACACUUGUAAUUGUUAUAUCAAAGAGUGGAGGCACCCCUGAAACCCGAAAUGGGUUGCUGGAAGUUCAGAAAGCCUUUCGAGAAGCUGGGCUGGAUUUCUCAAAACAGGGUGUUGCUAUCACACAGCAGAACUCACUUUUAGAUAAUGCAGCCAGAAUUGAGGGGUGGUUAGCAAGAUUUCCUAUGUUUGACUGGGUUGGUGGUAGAACAUCGGAAAUGUCUGCUGUGGGUUUGCUCCCUGCUUCACUCCAGGGUAUCGACAUUAAAGAAAUGCUUGUUGGUGCAUCAUUGAUGGAUGAGGCAAAUCGGACAACCGUGGUGAGGAAUAAUCCUGCAGCCCUUCUUGCUCUAUGUUGGUACUGGGCUUCUGAUGGAGUUGGGUCCAAGGAUAUGGUUGUUCUUCCUUACAAGGAUAGCUUGUUACUUUUUAGUAGAUAUUUGCAGCAACUGGUCAUGGAAUCACUUGGAAAGGAGUUCGACCUUGAUGGGAAUCGGGUUAAUCAAGGAAUUACUGUUUACGGAAAUAAAGGAAGUACUGAUCAGCAUGCCUACAUCCAGCAGCUGAGGGAAGGUGUCCAUAAUUUCUUUGUUACUUUUAUUGAAGUAUUACGAGACAGACCCCCUGGUCAUGACUGGGAGCUUGAACCAGGAGUAACCUGUGGUGACUAUUUAUUUGGAAUGCUACAGGGAACACGUUCAGCCCUCUAUGCAAAUGAUCGUGAGUCCAUUACAGUAACUGUGCAAGAAGUAACUCCUAGAUCUGUGGGAGCACUAGUUGCACUUUACGAGCGAGCUGUUGGAAUAUAUGCAUGUCUGAUCAAUAUCAAUGCAUACCAUCAACCUGGUGUGGAAGCUGGAAAGAAAGCAGCAGGGGACGUAUUAGCAUUACAAAAGAGGGUUCUUUCCAUUUUAAAUGAAGCAAGCUGCAAAGAGCCUGUUGAGCCUUUGACACUUGACGAAAUUGCAGAACGAUGCCAUGCCCCAGAACAGAUUGAAAUGAUAUACAAGAUCAUUGCACACGUGGCCGCAAAUGAUAGAGCACUGAUAGCCGAAGGCAACUGCGGGUCACCUCGAAGUGUCAAAGUUUUCCUUGGAGAGUGCAAUGUGGAUGAAUUGUACGAUUAAGUUAUUUUUCGCACAACAGUGAGUAAAAAAGAAAUGCUCAAAGGAGCAAAGAUACGACAAUAAUCUUGGGGAGCAUCACUGAUCAAAUUGAAUUACUGAGGACUAUUGCAGGCUGCUCUCGGUUCUAGACCCUACGGUGAGUGUAAAACCCCGCUUCGUCAACUAGGAAACAUCAUUUCUUCCAUCAGGAUAAUUCAUGUUUCAUGUAAUCAUAUUGCUUGUUCCAAUAUUGUUCAAAUCUUCGACUAGUUUGAUUCACUAAUUCUCUCA